AUGUCGAGUGGUUUCGUGGGCAACGUUCAGGCCAAGGCCUCGGAAGUCGCGAAGGAGGAUUUCGACAAGUUCAAAGCUCUCGCCUCUGAUGCUGCCAAGUCCGGUGCAUACAUGUACCCUUUCAAGGGCAUCGCCUACUUCUGCACUCACAGAGCUCUGUGGAAGCCCUUCGCCUCGCGCAUCCUCCCCACUCUCGGCCUCACAGCUGGCGUCCUGGGUGGCAUGUUCUUCUUGACCUACCUUCCCCAGCUUGCAGUCCUGGUUUUCGUCAACGGUCCCCUGGCCGUCUUCACCACUGUUCUCUUGAUACUCAACGAGAGCUCCAUGAUUGUGAACAUCAUCUCCCGCAACUUCAUGCUACAGGAUGCGCUUCUCGACACGUUCGAUGGCACUCUCGUCUCUAAGAACGCGACCGGUAUCGUCAGCGAAGGACGCCAGUUGAAGUCGGGUAGCGAUCCCAUUGCGAGACUUGGCAAGAUCAUGAAGAGCCCAUUCUCCAAGUUCACCCCGAAGGCUCUGGUCCGAUACGUCAUGUAUCUUCCACUCAACUUCAUCCCGAUUGUUGGCACCGCCAUCUUCAUUCUGAUUCAAGGUCGAGGCAGAGGCUCAUCAGUUCAUGGCCGGUACUUUCAGUUGAAGGGAUGGUCUCAAUCUCAGCAGCAGGAUUGGCUGGAGCGUCACACUGCCCCGUACACCACGUUCGGAACCAUUGCAACCCUUCUCGAGAUGGUACCCUUCGCAUCAAUGUUCUUCGCAUUCACCAACACUGUUGGCGCAGCUCUGUGGGCAGCCGACAUCGAGCAGAAGAACACGCAGAUGACCGCGGGCACGGCCCCGAAUCUGCGAGAGUCUGCGAAGAAAAGCGAGUAG